GCUCAACAAUACGAACUGCGCGCUUUCAUUGUACGAGAUCCCAACCCAAGGGCUUUGGGUUUGAAAACGCUCUAACUUUUUACAAUGCCACCAAGAAAGAAGAGACGAACUGCUCAAAAUUCAAGCGAGGAAACACCAAAACCUACUAGCGAUGAAGUGGAGCCUGUGAAGAAAUUCACAAAAUGGCUGAUGAAGUCUGAACCAGAAAGCCGUAUUCAAAAUGGAGUUGAUGUCAAGUUUGGUAUAGAAGAUCUUAAGCAAUCGACUGAUCAGACAACACAUUGGGAUGGCGUAAGAAACUACCAGGCAAGGAAUUUCAUGAGGGAUCAAAUGAGGAUUGGCGAGCUGGCAUUUUUCUACCACAGCAACUGCAAGGAACCUGGUAUUGCUGGAAUCAUGGAGGUUGUGAAAGAGUCCUACGUGGAUCACACACAGUUUGAAAAGGCAGAUCCACAUUAUGAUCCGAAAGCUUCAAAAGAUAAACCAAAGUGGUUUAUGGUCGAUGUCAAGUAUGUGAGGAUGAUGAAAAGAUUUAUAUCUCUUAAGGAAUUGAGGAAGAUUCACUUGGAACACAAAGAAGAUGGAGGACCACUUAAAUCGCUAUCUCUGUUCACGCAAUCAAGACUAUCUGUUGCACCCUUGACAGAAGAGGAAUAUGAAUAUAUUAAAAGUCUUGAGGACAAGGAGGCAUCUGUUUAGAUGAAUUCUUAGUAGAAACGUUUCAUGUUUAGGUUCUGCUA